UGGAGCCCGUAUGCAACAUACACUAUGAAAACAAAACGAGCCAGUACUUUGAGGCCCGCCAUCGAAAUUAAACCUGGAGUGUUGUGAGCGGGGACAGAGAAAUACAAUGGAGCAAGACGAGAGCAGAUUUGAUGAUGUGUUUAGAUCUCUCAAAUGGAAUGGGUUUUAUCAAAUGUCUCGAUGCCUGGUCUUGUUGCUGUCUUCCGUGAUACUGGCUUUCAAUCAACUUUCAAUCAUAUUUAUAGGCAACGUUCCAGGCUACCAGUGUCGAGAGCUUCAGAACCUCAACGUUACUGUUAACAAUGUUACCGUGGACGUCCUGUCUGACGCCAAUCACAGCAGCUACAACGUAACAUACAAUCAAUGCUCCAUCGACGUCAAGAAUGCCACUGACGUCAUUCUCAGUGCUGACUGCAAAGGCUAUGACUAUGAUGAUGAUGUGUCCAAGUCAUUUGUGUCAGAGUGGGACCUGGUCUGUGAAAAAGAAAUCAUGUCGGACAAUGUGCAAGUAUUCUACAUGCUUGGGGAAAUAGUCGCAUCACUAUUUCUGUCCCAGUUGUCUGACAACUAUGGACGAAAGCCAACAUUGGUCUGGUGCGGCGUGCUGUCUCUGAUAACUUCAGGCAUAUGUUCUUUUCCACCAAACUUGGUGUUCCUCAUCGCGUUCAAGUUCCUUACAGGAGUUUUUCUUACAACGUCAACCAAUUCAGCGUACACUCUGCUGACAGAAAUGAUGCCUACAGACUUCAGAGCUGUGCCAGAGACGAUUAAAGCUUUCUUCUAUCUGACCGCCAUGUUGAUCACUUGUUUGAUCGCCUUCCUGAUAAAAGACUGGCACUGGGUGCAGAUGACUCUAGCCCUCCUGUCUACCUACGUACUAGUUUUACAUUGGUUUACUGAUGAGUCUAUCAUCUGGCUUUGUACUACCAAGAAAUACACACAGGCUGAAGAAACUAUACGAAAGAUAGCUAGAAUAAAUCAAGUGGACCCACGGGAAGCAUUACAGGCAAUGAGAAAGUCCGCAGAUGAAGAGAACUCUGAGAGUCAACACCUGAUCGCAGGAAAUACAACGAACUGGUUGGACUUUGUCAGGAACAAGAACUUGUUGAAAUUGUUGCUGAUAUCCUCAUUGCUGAGGUACAAAACUGAGACUCUGGUCUGGGACGAACGAAAACAAAUGUUUGUGGCUACAGUAGGAAAUCAUGGUCUUGUUUUCACUUCUGCGUCGUUAACAGAGAACUUCUAUCUGGGCUACUCUCUGGGAACAUUGGUGGAGUAUCCAGCUACACUCCUCUUCUAUCUUGUUGUCAACAGACUAGGGCGAAAGAAAUGUGUGUACAUCUUCCAUUAUAUUGCUGGAACAGUCUUGGUUGUCUCCUCUCUGCUCCUUAUGCCAUUUGCAGAUAACUUUCCUGAAAAAUUUUGGUUAUCUUUUGUCCUGUCGCUGUGUGGAAGAUGGUCUAUAUCAAUAUGUUACCCAGCAGUAGCGCUCUACACCAUGGAACUAUUUCCUACUUGUUUCAGAAAUACUGGAACCGGAACCUCAGAAUUUGCCUCCAGUGUGGGGUCUCUCGUCUCGCCAUAUUUCCGUACACUUAUUAGGCACGUACCGUGGGCACCUAAUAUUAUUUUAGGCACAAUGUGUGUGUUAGCCCCACUCACUAUCAGAGGCCUACCAGAAACUAAAGGGCGAGAACUGCCGCAUACUUUGGAAGAUAUGGACAGAAUAAUGAACAAGCCACAGGAAGAAAUCAAGGAAAACAGAACUCGGGUUUAGUUACGUAUGUAUUUUUUU